CGCUGUGCAUUGUGGGUCAGUCCUCCGCCAUAUGUGUCUUUCUACCGGCUGAAGGAGAGAACCGGGAGUCAUGAAAGGAGUCCGCUCUCUGAACAAUUUGUCGAAACGCUGCUACGCUGCUACCAGGCGCGGCCAAUCUUUGAUCGAACCCCUCACCAGUGUAAAACCUGCCCAGGCUGCACCUCUUCCACCUCAGAAUGUCCAAGUGUCGAAACUGCCGAAUGGUCUGGUGAUAGCAUCACUGGAAAACUACUCCCCGUUAUCAAGUGUCGGUGUGUUUGUAAAAGCUGGGAGUCGUCAUGAGAAUGUGGAGAACUUGGGUGUUUCUCAUGUGCUGCGACUUGCCGCUAACCUGACCACAAAGGGAGCAUCUGCCUUUAAGAUCUGUCGCAGUGUGGAGGCUUUGGGAGGAAGCCUGAGUGUGACAGGAUCAAGAGAAAAUAUCAUCUACUCUGCAGAAUGCCUGAGAGAUGACCUACAUUCACUGUUGGAUCUUCUGGUCAACGUGACCACAGCUCAGGAGUUUCGGCCGUGGGAGGUAGAUGAGCUGACAUCCAGGGUGAAAGUUGACAAGGCUUUGGCUCAACAGUGUCCACAGAUAAGUAUAAUUGAGAAGUUGCAUGAAGCAGCAUAUAAGAACGCCUUGUCCAACUCUCUGUACUGCCCUGACUUUAUGGUUGGUCGUGUCUCCUCUGAACAGCUUCACUCCUUUGUUAAAGAUAAUUUUACCACUGGCAGAAUGGCUCUUGUAGGAGUAGGUGUCAAUCACUCUGUCCUGAGGCAGGUGGGCGAGAGUCUUCUGAGCGCUCACAGUGGAGCUGGAGCACCUGUGGCUAAAGCAGCAUACCGUGGAGGUGAACUGCGCAUGCAGAAUGGUGAUGACCUGGUCCACGCGCUGGUCGUUAGCGAGGGUGGUGUGAUGGGCACCCCUGAAGCUAAUGCCUUCACCGUGCUGCAAAGGAUCCUGGGAGCUAGUCCUCAUGUGAAGCGGGGCGCCAACCUCUCCAGUAAACUGAGCCAGGGUGUUGCCAAAGCUACAGCCCAGCCAUUUGAUGCCACUGCUUUCAAUGCUUCAUACUCGGACUCUGGGCUUUUUGGCGUCUAUACCAUUGCACAAGCCAACUCUGCUGGAGAGGUCAUAAGAGCUGCCAUUGCCCAGGUGAGAGGUGUUUCAGAGGGAAGUGUAACGGAGGCAGACAUCACCAGAGCAAAGAACCAGGUGAAAGCAGAUUAUUUGAUGUCCAUAGAGAGCUCUGAGGGCCUGAUGGAGGAGGUCGGGGCCCAGGCUCUGAGCACUGCAGCCUACAAGACUCCUGAAUCCGUCCUCCAGGCCAUAGAUGCCAUCACCAAGAAUGAUGUUGUUAAGGCAGCCAAAAAAUUUGUUGAUGGAAAGAAGACCAUGGCAGCAAGUGGACACCUUGUUAAUACACCAUUUGUAGAUGAAUUAUGAAAAAUAAAAUCACAGAGAUCAUUUAUUGUACCUCAGCGUUGAUGCAACGGCAUAAAUAAAAGAAAGUGAGCUGCAGAAUCACAAUGCAUUUCAUCUUUUAUGGGGGGUUUUUGGCAGCAUAAUUGUAUAUCUAUGUAAAUGAAAGUACUAGCAGUAAAUUCUGCAACUUGAUCUGAAAUCAGCCCUAUUCUAAUGUGAUUGAGUUCUAAUAAGAUAACUACUCUCUGUCAUUAUUGAAAUAACAUAUUCUCCACCAGCGUAUUACAUGACAUCAAAACUAUGCAAGCACUAGAGGUGAAAGCUUUUUUGUGUCCUACCAAUAAUCACUUGCCAUGCAUGAAAAGGUAUGUUUUGUUCCUCAGCCAGUGGAGGGACCCAGAAGCAAGCACACAGAUAAAGUAUGAGUGUUGAACAAAUUUGGGAUUUGUUGAUCCAAAUUCGUGCUCCACCAUGUUUGGUUGUUUGGUCAGUAGAGUUAACACCUGCCAUUUGGUCUUUGACAUUUUAGCACUUCAGAGUGUCAUUAUCUUCAAAAUGUACAUAAAGAAAA